UAGUCGUCAUUCAUUCAUAUUUUGUGAAAAUUGGGUUGUUUUUGUGUCGAUACGAUAUCGCAAUUUAUAGUAAUUGAGAUACCAAUUAAAAGGUGCAAAUAAUAUAUUACGACCAUUUAGAGUGAGGAUAUAACGGAAUAAUUGAGUAAAUUCAUUUGAUAGCCUGGAUAAGCGGCGACCUUGUCCACAAGAACGUAUGUUAUUUUGGUUGGCAGAUUGAAGAAAAAGUGGAUUAUUUCUUGUUUUGAUAAACAGAUUAUUGCUUGUUGCGUGAAUGGCCCAUAGUAUUUUAUGAAAGUUUGUCUAGAUGGAUCAUCGGAAGGGCUAGUUUGAGCAGUAUUAUGUAUAAACUUGCGUGUGGUAAAUACCACCUGGAGUUCAGGCGAGCUACUCCGACCUCACCAUGACUAUGUAUCCAUCGUCUGGAAUGGUAGCAACACCACAACAAGGGACUAGUCAAGUCACGCAAAAUGGAAGUACUACGUUACCUCGAUCACAUCAUCAAAGAACAGGACGGCCCCCAGCAGCACCUAAAUCAUAUGACUACUUAUUAAAAGUACUGCUGGUCGGAGACUCUGAUGUGGGGAAACAAGAAAUCCUUCAAGACUUAGAAGAUGGAUCGGCUGACUCACCUUUCUGCAGCGGCAGUGCGUACAAAACAACGACGAUCUUGUUGGAUGGCAAGAGAGUGAAGCUUCAGCUAUGGGACACGUCGGGUCAGGGCCGCUUCUGCACCAUCAUACGGUCGUACUCCCGAGGUGCUCAGGGCAUACUGCUCGUUUAUGAUAUCACCAACAAGUGGUCCUUUGACAGUAUUGAUAGGUGGCUUGAGGAAGUCGAAAAGCAUGCACCCGGAGUACCAAAAGUGCUCGUGGGUAAUCGGCUUCACCUCGCCUUUAAGCGGCAAGUUCAGGAGCGCGAUGCGGAACUCUAUGCCGCUAAGAACCACAUGGCGUUCUUCGAAGUGAGCCCGCUAUGCGACUUCAACAUCAGAGAGAGUUUCUGUGAACUGUCGCGAAUGGCCCUGCACCGGAAUGGCAUGGAGAGACUAUGGAGAAGCAAUAAAGUACUAAGCCUCCAAGAGUUAUGUUGUCGUGCAAUAGUAGCCCGUACAUCAGUGUACGGCCUAGAGCGGCUGCCCCUGCCCACCACUUUGAAGUCCCACCUCAAGUCGUACGCGAUCUCCGCGGCACCGUCCCGCCACCGAGCGAGAACACACAAGCAUUCGCACCAUACCCGCCUCAACUGCACCGGGAGAAACUCCUGUACCAUCGCCUGAAUUCAUAAAUGACUUAUUAAAUGUGGCUCAACUCUUAUAAUGAUGUAGAACCUCGAUUAUUUGAAUUGGUUUAGCUGCCAGAGCGCGUGAUUGUCAAUUGUUCGGAAACGCGUCUCGGGUAAUCUAGUUUUCCGAACGUUUUGUGAGAAAUAUUCAUGCAUGUAAUGUUGACCCCAAAAUUCACAUUUCGACUAUCCAAACUAAGCCCAGUACAAAUUAAUUCGCUUAAUCGAGAUUCUAUUGUACUAAUCAUGAAAUCGAAUCGGAUUUUAAUAUACCUGACGUUAUAUAACUUGACCCUAAAAAUUAACAUUACUGGCCCUAAAUCCCUCUAAGUAUUUCUCGAUAAAUAUUUCAAAGUCAACGCGACUUAUUCCUGCCAACGUUUACACAAGUUAAGUAUUAAAACGCUAGGAACCUGCGCCACAUUUAUGAUAAUCUGUUUCUGACUGCCAAUUAAGAAUAUUAGAGAUAUGACAUAGAACAUAGAUGACCUAAUCAUUGUCGCGAAGUUCGACUACAUUAUAAUUGAAACUUCGAACAAUAUAUUGUCCAAACACUGAAUGAUCCUAACACAAAAUACAGGCUGUAACUGACAACGGAUUUGUGACUAGUUUGUAGAGACUAGGCUAAGAUAUUGUUACUUAACAGAAUAUAAUGUGAAUAUUGUGUUAUUUAAUUGUAAUAUGUGAAUAUUUUGACGCGGCAUCUAGCCCUAUGUUUGUCCAUCGUGUAAUACCUACAUUAACUUUGUAUCGACUAACAUUAUUAGUGCCUAGUGAUAUCAUAGAACUAUUGUUAUACUGUGGUGAUAAUUAAAUAAGGUUUAAAUACAAUGUGUGUGCCAUCGACACUUGCGGCACUACAUAAUUCACGUAAUAUAUCUUUGAAUGUGUCAACACUAACCAUUUUGAGUGUAGUAUGACCACUUAUUGAAAGGAAAGCGAAUGUAUCUAUUUCAAGUAACAUCGGUAAAGUUUCUUGUAGUAUGUUACAUAAGUACAGUUUUUUUCUAUUUCGGCGUAUGUAAUAAUAUCAGUCUUGGAUAAUAUAACUUUCGAAUUGUACAAGUAUCUUAUUGUCCAUUAUUUGUAAGGUAUUAUACUUCAUAAGGUCUCAUAACGUGUAAAUAUUUUGGCUAUAUUUGUAUCGACUACGAGAGUUCACUGCAUACCAAAUGUUCAUUCUAAAUUAUAAAAUCGUAAAAAUAUUAGCUAUUUUCAGAUAUACAUAUUAUAUUAUUUACUGUAACUUAUUGUUUAGGAUGUUAGUCAAUGUAACUGCGACAUUUCAUUUAAGAUACCAAUAUUUUCAACAUUAGAUGGUUGUGUAUGUUUAGCUUGUAAUAUACAUAGUUUACUUUGCAUUUAAUAUUUCUGUUUCCAUCACGUCCCAACAUGCUAACAACGAAAACAGUGUGUCUAUGAAUACUUGUUUGGUCCAGUCCGUCCUUAGAAAAUAAUUCAAACCUAAUGGAAAUUCAAUGUCAGUUGAGUUCAUAUUAUAAUUAUGUUGGUUUUGAUUUAUAUUGUUGUGUUCUUUUUACUUAUUGUUAUUUUUUUGCAAAACAACACUCAUUGUAAUACAGUCUACCAUUCUAUCACAAUGUAUUUUUCGGAAACAUACUUAAAACUACGGCAGAAUAUUAUGAUUUCUAUUUAUAUUGAUCUUUUUGGAAAAGUUAUUUAAAUUGUAUAUACAGCUUCAAUUACCUGAUCUAUCAUAAAAUACAAAUACUUUUUAAACGAAUAAAAUGAAGUGACGUGAUUAUACUUUUGUACAUAAAUAUAUACAUAUUUUGUUUCUAUAACGAGUUAAUUAUGAUUUGUCUACUUGUGAUAGCUAUAGUGGAUAAUAUAACAAUCCAAAUAAACUAAUACCGACUAAAAGUUUGGUUUAGGUUGAUUACAGUCAUAAUUUUAUUAUUGCUAUUAUUCAUUACGUAAGUCUUGAAAUAAAACUAAUUUAUAAUAAAAA